AUUCAAUUGUGUUUUUAUUAGAAUUUAACAGUUCUGCUCCAGGAUGUUACAUUUGCAAUUCAGAGAUUUGGAGAACCUUUCAACUGAGAUCAAUUCAUAAGCCUUUGCAGGGAGGAUACAUAUUUCUAAGUUUAGAUUUUGCUAACUGGGUGUUCUUUUAGGGAAAAUAAAUUUUGAGAAAAAACCCUAGAUCUAUGUACAGUGUACAGACAAGUUACGCUAAAACGGCUAAAACCUUAAAAAAAUGCAAAAAACAGUCGGCUCUGUACUCGCGUGUGCACCAGACGUAGCUUUGUGCUCCGCGUUCAAAAAUUCGCUAUUGUUGCUCGAACAAACAAACAACGCGUUGUGGAAGACUCUGAAAUGAGUGCUGUCCGCAAAAAUACGCUCGUCGUGGACUUCAGCGUCCUCCCAGAGCGUCCCAAGCUGGACAUGGUGCAGCGGUUUGUGGAAAAAAGUCUGGGACUAAAUCCCACUGACUUGAGAAGCAUCCAGCUGCACAACAUUCGCCAUUGCGUGCUCAUCCAGAUGGCGGAUCCAGCAGCCGCCGUCGAAGUAGCAGUGCAGCAUCACCUCAAGCACGCCUUCCGGAUCAGCCCGACGAAGAAGAUCGCGAUUCCGGUCUACGUCGACGAUGACAUCGUCGACGUUCGGAUCCACGAUCUCCCGCCGGACAUGUCCAACAUGCAGAUCGCCGAAGCAAUGCUCCAGUACGGCGAAGUUUUGACGAUCAGGGACGAGGUUUGGAGAGACAUUUUCGCCGGCGUACCCAAUGGUGUGCGGGUGCUAAAAAUGAAGAUCUCCAAGCCCGUUCCCUCGUACGUCACGAUUUGCGGCCUUAGCAGUUUGGCCACACACACGGGUCAGAUUUCCACGUGCCGACGAUGUGGAUUCCAGCGACACGUGUCGAAAAGCUGCUCCGAGGCGGCUAAAAAACAGCAACCGAAGCCGAAACCACAAAAAAAUCCAUCUCCAUCUGGCCCUGUUUUGCCUAUCGCCGAUCUAGCAGCAGUACAAUCCCAAGUCGUUGUUCCUCACACUCACAAAGGACAAUGGUAAUGACGGAUUUAUUACUGUUGUAAAGAAAGGCAAAACAAAGAGGCAGUUGGAAGAGAAGCAAGCACCCGAAGAAAAAAGAUCGUGCUUGGACGACGACGACGACGGCAAAUCACCAACUCUCGACAACGACCAACGCAAUGAUAAUGGACAUCUGAUUGGACUACCAACAACAACCACGCCAAAAAGAAGAGUUUGGAAGCAAACUGUUUGACGUAGAACUACGUCGAUAAAAUGUAUUAUUAUUAUUAUUAUUAUUGUAUUAUUUUUCAAAACUUGGCCAAAUUAUGGCAACAAAAGGCCAGUACCUCAAAUAAAAAAA